GUACUAAUAAUCCGCUAGAUUCGAAUUAGGUUAACCAAAAUGUGGAGAACUUUAGCUUUUUGUGUUGUUAUUUUUUGGUCAACUUUUGUAAACGGUCAACCACAAAGGCCAUGUUAUUUCAUAUUUGGUGACUCAAUUUCUGAUGCUGGAAAUAAUAACAGGCUAAUAACAAUGGCUAAAACUAAUUAUCCACCAUAUGGGGUUGACUUUCCUGGUCAAAUUCCCACCGGAAGGUUUACAAAUGGUCGUACUAUAGUUGAUGUAUUUAGCGAACUCAUGGGGUUUCAAAAUUCCGUAAAAACAUACAGCAACAUCACUCUAUUAGAUCCAGAUAUAGUAAGAGGCGUUAAUUUCGCAUCAGGUGCUGCGGGAAUUUUGCCAGAAAGUGGAUCCGCCUUGGGUGAUCGGGUGUGGAUGGAUCGACAGUUAGCAAAUUACAAACUCAUAUUGUUGAAGCUUCAGUUGAUGGUUGAAGGUCUGGUUAAAUACUACGUAAACCGGUGCUUCUACAUAAUUACUAUGGGUAGCAAUGACUACAUUAAUAAUUACUUCUUGCCCCAAAACUAUCCUACUAGUAGGCUCUUUACUGUUCAACAAUUUGCCAGAUUGCUUAGGGCUCGCUUUAGAACUCAAUUACAGACGCUAUACAAUAGUGGUGCAAGAAGAGUAGUGGUUUUUGGAUUGGGUCAACUUGGGUGCAUACCAGCUACGAUUGCCAGGAACAAUGCAACUCAAUGUGUUACUGAAAUCAACCAAGCAGUAGAGCUUUUCGAUACUCAGGUUCGAUCUUUAGUUGAUGAUUUUAAUGCAAAUCUUCCCGGCGCCAGAUUCACAUUCGUUAAUAUUACUGCAAUCCAAACGGCUAAUCCUUUACCUCCAGGGUUUAUUACGGAUUCGACUUGUUGUCAAUUAAGAAGUGAUUUCCAGUGUGAGCCAAAUACUCCACCAUGCGCGGAUAGGAACAUAUAUGCUUUCAUGGAUGGAUUUCAUCCAACUGAGAUUGUGAAUCAAAUUGCGGCAACUACUAUUUUUACCACUCAAAAUCGCGAUUUUGUUGGUCCCUUCAGCUUCAGUGAACUGCUUGCUAAUUAGACUCAACAUUAUUGUUAUCCUUUAAAAUAUAUAUACUUCUAUGUAUACGUAUGUUGCUAUAUGCGUGAUUUGAUACUAUAAUGUCAACUAGUACUAGUAUUUGCCACUAAAAAAGAGAGAUAAGAUGCCUAGAUACUUGUCUAUAUUGUUAUAAAAAUAAAUAUAUGUAUAUGAUCACAUCAAAAAAUUAAAGAGAGAGGCUUCUAACGUAUAAA